AUGUCAGCGUCUGAUCAGAAUGUUGGAACCAUCAUCACACGGCUUCAAGUCACACUCAGCAGCGCCCAGAAAGCACCCCAAAGUCCCGGACACAAGGAAAAUACUCAACUGCCUCGCCAAAUGUUGGGUUGGGUCGCCGCGACGGCCUUCCAAGAUACUGCGACCGGCCUAGAAAAAGCAAACGAGCACCUUGAGGACGCUAUGUGCUUGAUGCGCCAGCUAAGCGCUUUCGAUUGCGUGCAAUAUGGUGGAAGUGCGGAGAUUCAGGUGGCGAGGGCGAGGAUUACGAAUGCGCUGAGUAAGUUGGAGCAUGUUGUGGUGGAGGUGCGCAGGAGCGUGCGUUAUAAAUAG